AUGUUUUCCUCAUCCGAGUGCAUUAUCUGGUUUGCUGCAUACCUUGUCGUGGCUGUUGCUAUAGUAACAGUGAAUCUCCUAUCAAUCAUUCUUUUUAUAACAAACAGUAAUCUUCGCACUCGUGGCAUGUACUUGGUUAUAAACUUGACCGUAGUUGACAUUUUGGUUGGAGGACUUUCUACUUUUCAUCUUCUCUUAAUUAAUACACAGUUGGAAUGCAAAACUGUCAUUGUAAGGUUACCUCGGGAAGGGAGUAUUUUAGUGUACUUUGUUUUCUUUUGGUUUCCUCUUUCUUCUCUUACAAACAUAACUGUAAUUUCGUUAGAGCGGAUGCAUGCGACAUUUCGUCCAUUCAGUCAUCGCGUUGUCAAAAAAUGGGUCUACGGGGUUACAAUUUGUGUGGUCUGGGUUUUAGCUGGAAUGAUAUCAACUGCCACUAUGUUGCUUAGUUUUUUCGUCAAAAAUAACUCACUAUUUCAGUAUUUAUGGCAAUCAUAUUGCUUAUUAUGCCUUUUUGUUACCUGUGCUUGUUACGCCUCGAUUAUUGUCAAAAUUUGUUGUGGGGCGCGUCCUCAGCACCAUGGUGCAGCCCGUAGGCAAAGAAAACUGACUGUCACGUUACUCAUCAUGACUACUGUAUCGUUACUGUUGUGGCUGCCAUACGCUAUAGCUACCUUUGUUUAUUAUACAACUGAUAGCAUUCGAUCACUUUCUUACACAAAAAGAAUGCGAUUGAAUAUUUAUUUACUGCUUUUAUUUUAUACAAACUCCUUUGUUAAUCCCGUGGUUUACACAAUAAGAAUGCCCGAGUACAGGAAAGCUCUCCUGUUAUUAUGUACACGUCGGCAAAGACAAAAUGCUGCUGCUGCUAUUCCUCUUCAUGCUCGUUAAGGUACUUUGGGUAAAACGUUCGAUUGCAAGUGAUCGCAGGUUCAGCUUUAGAUGAUGAUGAUUUUCUCAAUUUGGGUCGAUGAAAAUACGAUAGUAUAGAUACAUAAGAUGCUAUGAUUUGAGUUCCCCAUAAUACACUAGCUGUUUGCCCCCUUUCUGCAUAAACUAUUGGGAGGACUGAAUAUUUCCUGAAGAGCUUUUGAAAGUAAGAACUUAUGCAAAAUUUGAGAACAAACAGAGACGGUGUAUUAUGAGGGAUUCGAAAAAAGUAAAUAUACAUAUCAGUUUUCGUGUAUAACUUGUCAAGCUCGUUAAUGGUCUAUAGCUGGAAUUUGAAAUGGUUUGAAAUGUGUUUCUACGGAAAUUAUUCGACAUUAGAUUCUCAUACAAACACUGUAAUUUCUCACGCGUUUGCCUACUCGUCAAGAUGGCGUCGAAAACCGUGACAAGGUCUAUUCUGAACUCGGAAGUAAAAGUGCUUUUAGCUGAUCAAGUCCAAAAAGGUUCAAGAGCUGUUUUCAAAAUGCCCCAAUAAACUAUCGACAAACUAGGUCAGAUGAUAGAUUUACUUAGUAAAAAUGAACAUAACAAGAAGUCGGAAUCAUGAUUACAAAUGACACUUCUACAAAAUGAGUUUUAAACGCAAGUCCUGGAUUUUUACAAAGUUACCUUUCAGUGUCAAUUUUUUCUCUUGAUGCAAGGCUCUGCAGCUCACCUUCAUAACAUGACCUAGCAAAUAACUGAAAUUUCAACAUUCUGCUGAUUUGUAAAACGGUUGCGGCCUAAAGUUAGUUCCUAAAAGAGACGUUUGACCUGGUGUCAUGAUAGGUGUAUGGUAAUUUGAAUAAAUUACCCUGGAGCCCCUUCACGCAAUCUUCCACAGGGUACACGUGACAAAUGCUAUCACCUUUAGCUCUGAAAGCGUGUGGAGAAAAUGUUGUGUAGUUUUUCGACUCUUGUUGAUGGCAAUUUUUGCAUUCGGUGUUAAUGGGGAAUAUUCUUGUUAAUCCGAAUUUAUUUAUCUAAUGAUCUUAGAGGACGUUUAAUGGUGAUCAUUUUCAUGACACUGCUACAACAGGUGACACUGAAUUCCUGCCGGACUUAGUGAUUCAUACAAAGGAGCGCCGACUUAUUUUAGGUUUACCUUUAAUAAGUAAAAUAUUUAGCUCCAGUAACCGAGGUUGAAUAUAAAUUUUUUACCCAUAUUUUCUCCCAACAAAUUCAUCCUACUCUAACCUCAAGGGCUACUUUUGUCUUCUUUUGUCAAAGGUGAAAGCAAGACUUUUGAUUCAAUUUUUGAGACGACAUCAAGGAAUAGCUUAAUUAGGAUAGAGGUGAGCGCCCUUUGAAUAUAUCUCCAUUGCAGAUCUUUGAGGAUUUGAAGUCAUUCUUUAAAGUUCACCUGCUAACUUUUCUCUUUCAACCAAGCAAUCCUUGCUUACUCAGCGAAUUCUUUUCAUAGGUAGCCGAGCCUGAAAGAAGACGGGAAUUGAAAAGAAAAAUCCACGAUGUUUUCCUCAUCCGAGUGCAUUAUCUGGUUUGCUGCAUACCUUGUCGUGGCUGUUGCUAUAGUAACAGUGAAUCUCCUAUCAAUCAUUCUUUUUAUAACAAACAGUAAUCUUCGCACUCGUGGCAUGUACUUGGUUAUAAACUUGACCGUAGUUGACAUUUUGGUUGGAGGACUUUCUACUUUUCAUCUUCUC